AGGACGCCCGCUUUCCCCCCCGCGAGAGAAAACUCUCUCUCCCAGGGUGCCUUGCGGCGAGCGCGCUGACGUCACGCCCCCCGCUCUCUUUAACACCGAGUUCCCGGAUCGCGCUUCCUUUUCCCAUCUCCGAAGAUGGCAGGCGAGAAGAAGGCAAAGAGAGUCCGGAAGGUCCAUACCAGCCGCAACCCAAUGCUGGCCCGAGGGAUUGGGAAGUAUUCCCGGUCAGCCAUGUAUGCCCGGAAAGCCAUGUACAAGCGCAAAUACAAAGCUCCAGAAACUAAGAUAGAGAAGAAGAAGAGAGAGAAGGAGCCUGCCACAAUCACAAAGCCUGUUGGAGGUGAUAAGAAUGGAGGCAACAGGGUGGUCAAACUUCGCAAAAUGCCUAGAUAUUACCCAACAGAAGAUGUUCCCCGCAAGCUCCUGAGUCAUGGCAAGAAGAAUUUUGCCCUACACAAGAGAAAGCUGCGGACUUCCAUUACCCCAGGAACUGUCCUGAUCCUUCUCACUGGGCGCCACCGAGGCAAGCGUGUGGUCUUCCUGAAGCAACUGGGAAGCGGUCUGUUGCUCGUAACAGGGCCCUUGGCCAUCAACCGUGUCCCUCUGCGCAGGGCUCACCAGAAGUUUGUCAUUGCCACUUCAACCAAGGUUGACAUCUCCAGUGUGAAACUUCCCAAGCACCUCAGUGAUCUCUACUUUAAGAAGAAGAAGCUGCGUAAACCCAAACACCAGGAGGGUGAAAUCUUUGACACUGAGAAAGAGAAAUACGAGAUUACAGAGCGACGCAAGGCAGACCAGAAGGCUGUGGAUUCCCAGCUCCUGCCAAUCAUCAAGAAGAUGCCUCAGCUCCGGGGUUACCUGCGUUCAACUUUUUCACUUUCCAAUGGUGUUUAUCCUCACAAAUUGGUAUUCUAAAUAAUAUGGAGAAACCACAAUAAAAGUUUGGGGAAAACCCUGCCAAA